AUGUUCAUGGAAAUAGGCUUGAUAAUUGAGAUACUGGGCCUGCCAGGAACAAUAGUAUCUUUGUGGAUUUUCUGCUGUUGCAUGAAGUCAUGGAAACCUCACACCCUCUUCCUCUUCAAUCUGGUUCUUGCUGACUUCUUGGUCCUCAUCAACGUGCCUUUCCGCAUCGACACCCACCUGCGAGGGAAGUGGGUGUUUGGAUGGGUCUGGUGCAGAAUCAGCCUUUUCAUGCUGACUGUCAAUCGCUCUGCUAGUAUUGGAUUCAUGACAGCGGUGGCACUUGAUCGCUACUUUAAGGUGGUCCACCCACAUCACUGCAUCAGCCAUAUCACUUCAGUACAGGCGGGCUGGCUCGCGGGCUUGAUCUGGGCUGCUGUGGUGGUCCGCGGGAUUCCGCUGCUGACCGCUAACCUUCUCCACCAGGCGAGUGGCAAGUGCCGUAGCUUCAACUCCUAUGAAGAAGACCCUGUGCCAAUUAAGCUGCAUUACAUUGCCUUUGUUGCAGAGUUCCUCCUGCCCUGGUUCUUGCUGCUCUUCUGCUCAGCAAAGAUAGUCUGCCGGCUUCGCCAACGGCGACUAGGCAGGCAGCUGAAGGGAAGGAAGGCCAUCAGAGCGGUCAUGGUGAUCAUUCUGGUGUUUACCUUGUGCUUCAUGCCAAGCGUCAUCACAGGCCUAGCGGCGGCCUACAUCAAGGGAAACCACCCCCAUGACUGUGAGUCCUACACUAAGGUAACCCAGGUUUUCAUGAUAUGCAUCGUGUUAACCUACCUCAACAGCGCUUUGGACCCCAUCGUCUACGCUUUCUCCAGCUCCAUGUUUCGUGAUGCCCUCAAGACCUCCAUCUGCUUCAAGAAGAUCUUCAGACCGGUUAGCAGGAGAGUCCCCAACAGCUGA